AUGUUUAACGAUGAUUGUGUAGGUUGCAAAAACCCAAUCAAGCGGUUAUAUUUUUAUUCUAAAGGUGUGGUUUUUCUGUGUCAUAAAUGCCAAAAAAUAUGUGCUGACGAAUUCCCAGAUAAAUUUUCUAGAUCGACUGUUAAGAAUAUAGAUCCAAGAGGCGAAAAUACGCCAACCAAAAGCUCUUUAAACAAUUUGAGAAAAUAUGGAGUCCUUCUCACAACACAGAUAGGGCAUAGGAUUCAUGAAAUUAAUUUAAAGACUGCAAGAUCUCAAUAUAAGUUGCUUUCUAAGCUGCAAGCUAUAUUUAAAAAUGCUCCGAUGGAACAAAAGAUAGGGCUUGGAAAAUCUUUAAAACUUUGCUAUAAUCGAGAUUAUAAUUUAGAGGAGAUUAAUAACGUGGGGGUUGCUUAAAAUUUAUAAAAAUUUCUUAUAUGGAAAUUAAAAAAUAUAAAUGAGAAUAAAUUUUAUAUUAAAAUAAAUAUUUUUAAAAAAAUUUUUUUUGGCAAAGAAUAGUUGGAAUGGAGGUCUACCUUAAUUAUUUAAGACCUUUGGGAUCAUCAUUUGAAGAACUAGCUGAUAUGUUUCAAUAUUUUUAUGAUCAUUAUAUCAAAAAAUAUAUGCUCGGAACUCAGCAAUCCAUAAAUAUAUCAUAA